AUGUACAAGGAGGAAGAAUGUCGGCCGCUUCUUACCCCUGAGCCCAGCUCAGAAUACCAGCCAGCGCCACGCACCAAGAAGGAGCUUCGCAAUAUUGAGAAUGUAACAGUUCCCGAAACGGCGACAUAUGGCAGGAACAUAACGUGCGGGGGCGCAUAUAUCCUCGUUAUGUCCCAGAUGAUUGGCUGUUCAAUAUUUGCGACUCCCGGCAGCGUUGUUCGGUCGUGUGGGAGUGUUGGCCUCACUCUCUUACUAUGGCUUGUUAGUGCGACUGUCAGAGCUUGCGAUCUUGGAAUUUAUACAGAAUAUGGCUGCAUGUUACCACGUUCUGGUGCGGACAAGGUCUAUCUAGAAUUCACCUAUCGUCGGCCGAGAUUCCUUGCCUCAACCCUAUUUGCAAUUGCAUCCGUUACCCUAGGUGUGUCAGCAACCAAUUGCGUUGUCUUCGGCCAAUAUAUGCUCUUUGCCUUGGGCAUGGAACCAACAGUUGCCGCCCAAAGAGGGUUUGCGGUCGGCCUCUUAAUCGCUGUAUGCAUAAUCCAUGGUUACUUCUACAAGCUCGGUAUCCGGAUUCAAAACUUUCUUGGAUGGGUGAUUUUGUCUAUAGUUGGGUUCAUGAUAUUCACGGGACUCUAUGUUGUGCUUUUCCAGAAACGCCAAACCAUCGCUGGGAAGCCUGAGCUAUUCUCCUGGGAUGGAAUGUGGCAAGGCUCUAAUUGGGACUUUGGCGUCCUUGCAACCUCUCUCUUACAGGUUUCUAGCUCGUUUUCUGGAUUGUGUACGACGAAUGUCGUUCUUAACGAGGUCCAUAACCCAAUCAGAACAGUCAAAGUCGUGGGGUUGAUGGCGUUCGUGACUGUCUGCAUCUUAUAUGCCCUCAUUAAUGUCUCCUACUUCAUGGUUGUCCCGAUCGAGGAGAUCAAGAGCAGUGGACAGUUGGUUGCAGCAUUAUUUUUUGAGCGUGUGUUUGGCCCGGGGUUUGGUAAAACGGUUCUCCCUCUCCUUGUUGCCAUAUCGGCUGCUGGCAAGGUUAUGGUCACUAUCUUCUCAUCCGCCAGGGUAAACCAAGAAAUAGCUAGACAAGGCUUCCUCCCUUUUUCUCGCUACCUUUCAUCGUCAGAGCCGUUCAAUACACCACUGGGAGGCGUAGUGGUCCACAUGAUCCCUACUUUGCUUACUAUACUACUUCCACCACCAGGAGACAUCUAUAACUUCAUCCUUGAUGUUCAGGGAUACCCGGGCGAGUUCUUUGGAAUUGCCAUAACAUUUGGCAUUAUUCUACUUAGAUGGAGACGGCCGGAACUCCAGAGGCCGUUCAGAACCUGGGUACCCAGUGUAUGGCUGCGAUUGGUGGUCGGCUUUUUACUGAUUAUUGCCCCAUUCUUCCCUCCAAAGAACGGAAGGGGAGAUGUUCAUUUCUUCUACGCCACAUAUGCCAUUGUUGGCGUAGGCAUAAUUAUACUGUCAAUUGUCUACUGGUGGCUCUGGACGAUUGUUAUUCCAAAUAGAAAUGGUUACAGACUCGAGGAGGAAAUUGAAAUCCUUCCAGAUGGAACAAGUAUUACACGGCUGGUCCAUGUCGGUAAACGGGAGUUACAGUCAUAA